AUACUGCAGUUCUCGGUGGGUGCUUGCCAAGGUGGUGCACGUAUGCACCUGUGUGUCUUUCAUUCCUCCAUUAUUUUCAACCAGCCGUUUUUCAUCCGUUUUGCUUCGGUUCAUACAUGUAUGCAUUCGUCGUUUGCAAAGCUGGUCGUUUGUUGGUGGUUCCAGGUAAAACUUGUCUCCAGUUCAGCUCACCGCACCGCCGGGACACAGUUCUCUACACUGACCACACACAUACACACCCUUUUGGUCCGGUUGACCACCAUCGGUUGGUUGUGGGAGAAAGAGUGAAAGCACUUCAAAAUUGUCCUGGAACGUGUGUCUCACCCUGUCACCCCCAGAGAGCUUCUCCAGGAAGAGAAGCUUUUAAGUUUUGGCCAAGUUGUUUUGUUAUGCGUAACAUCACCAAAUUCUAUAAGACGAUUAGGCUGGACCCAGAACCCUAGCAGGCAGCGCUAGCAAUAAUUCGUUCCAUAGAAUCGGGAAGAUCCAUUCAUCAGUUGCCGAUCGUUUCUUGUCCCUUUUGCUCGGUAUUACUCUUCCCCCAAUGGCACUGGAGAAUAAAUAUACAAACCAGGAAAUGAAGGGGAGAUGCAUUGGGUGGUAGGGUAAGAAGGUUUUUAGUUUUACUGCAAGUUGCUAGGAAAUUACCCCCUGCAUUUGUGUAAUUGGGUGCCAAGGCAUAUCAGGAGAACCACUGCAAUGGACAUUUGCUCCUCGGAAACUCGGACGCUUAUUGAUCGGUGGUGUAUUACUUUCUUUUGGUACAGGUACAUACGUACAUUCAUCUGUCUGAUAACGAGAAACUCGGUACAACAUGCGGUGGUAAUAGGAACCAAAGGCAUUUCACCAUUUUUCAAUCAAACAUUGCCUAAUUCACUGGAAAGACCCCACAGGAAGCAACAUUUACAUUCAUCAUAUAGCAAUUGGUUUCGGCUUCAGGUUGUAGUUAAGAAGUGUCUCUGUAUAUCGUUCUACUGCUAAAGAUAAAUCCAGAAUGUUUGCAGACGGCAAAGCCAAACGUUGUAAAUGGGACAACAUCUAUGAUUCUGCCAAACUGGACCACCGAUAGGAUUUUUUUUUCUUAUAGAUCUUUACCCAAUGUUUCGGAUACCACUGCCGGUGUAAUGUAUCGUCGAGUAAACAGUAGAUAAAAACAGAUAAAAGUAAUUAAAUGUUCCCAUAACGCCCCGGUUGAGAGCAGUUGGGUAUAAAAGGAAGUAACCCGAUAUGUGAGCGCUUUUUUUUGUUUGUUUGGCCUGUAAAGCCGUUCUCGGCUCAGUUUCAUGAAGAUGAUGUGAGGUAAAACUCCGGUGUAGUUGUACGGUAGUGAAUCUAAAUACAGUUUGUCUUCGUACGGUUGUGCGUGCAGACAGAGUUGACAACGUGAGCACAAGAUUGUGAAGCGCCAAAUUUGAAGAUUAUUCGAUGCCGCAUCCAUUGACUCCACCGAGAAUUUACAUCACAUCCGUGGAAGAAGGCACCGUAGAAGACGCGAACGCACCGCGGACGAACGGUGGAUCGGCGGUAGCAGUGGAAGAACUGAACAGUGGCACAUCAUCGGUAGUGAUUCCGUCGAUCGAUUUGGCCAUGGCAUUAAGCAAACAACAGACCGGCAACGACGGUGCACUGCCACUGACCAGCGUCAGUGAUAGCGAAUGGCAUCCGGUGAGAGUGGUCUCCGGAGAUGAGGGUGGAAAUGGGGUGCCACAGCUUUACACGCGCCCUGUCAGCCCGAAUGAACAUGCAAUGACGACGACGACGACGACGAUUUCAACGAUAGCUCGCAAAUGUCCAGCGCUGGAGCGUAACUGGCCCAUCACGUCGCAACCGUUGGCAUUGUUGAUCGUAUUUGGGCUUCUGUGGGCCAUAGCAUACGCCAUCCUACCAACGGAACUGUCCCAUCCUGCCGGCGGCCUGAUGCGACUCAUGUUCCUGUUCGUCGGUGCUCAGGCCUGUGGCAUUCUCGUUUCGCUAACCGGACUGCCGGACAUGCUCGGUAUGCUGUUUUGGGGAGUACUGUACGCCAAUGUAGGAUGGGCCGACUUUACCGGAUACGAGCGGGUCGAGGUGUUUCUGCGCGAGAUGGCGCUCGUCAACAUAAUGCUGCUGGCCGGGCUGGGGCUGGACUACGCCGCCCUGCGGAGUUUGUUUCGCUUCAUCAUGCAGCUUACACUGGUACCGACCGUGGCAGAGGUUGUGGCCGUCGCGGUGCUUUCCCAUUACCUCCUCGAUUUACCGUGGCUUUGGGGUGUUUUGCUCGGCCUGGUCGAAACUGCCAUCUCGCCGAACGUCGUCGUUACCGUGCUGCUCCGGCUGAAGGAAGAACGACUCGGGUUGAAUAAAGGAAUUCACACAUUAAUCAUCGCCAUGACAAGCUGUAAUGAUGUUCUGGCAAUUUUCCUGUUCGGCGUCAUUCUGGGUGUGAUAUUUUCCACCGGCGAUCUCACCAGCCAGAUCCUGCAGGGACCGAUCGGUAUCGUAAUUGGGCUCGUCUACGGGAGUCUGUGCGGUCUUGCGCUGCUGUACGUGCCCUCUUAUCACGCGAAAUACACUAACGGGUUGCGGUUUACGAUGGCGGCGCUGGCCGGUACGCUGUCGGUGGUGGGAAGCAAAAAGGUCGGGUACCCUUCGGCAGGUGCGCUCGGUUGUAUUGUGACGGCGUUUGUUGCCGGUACGGGAUGGCGCAAACGGCCCCCGACCGAGUGCAACGAGGUGAGCAUGUAUUUGGAUUUGCUGUGGAAAUUUUUGAAGCCUGUAUCCUUUUCAUUGAUCGGGAAGGAGGUUAAUUUUUCGGUGCUAGAAGGCGAAACUGUCUUGUACGGAGCGAUUACACUGUUGGCGGCAGUGUUGCUGCGAUUGAUUUUUUCCUACCUUUCUACGAUGGGCAGUGAGCUAAACUGGAAAGAGAAGGCGUACGUCACGUUAUCUGGCUUUCCCAAAGCUACCGUGCAAGCUGCAUUGGGACCGGCCGCUCUGGAUCUUGCUCGCAGUCUAAAUGCUACCGAUGAGUACCCGCGGGCACAAACCGUACUGAUUGUAACGGUGCUGGCAAUCAUUAUGACUGCUCCGCUUGGUGCGUUACUGAUGAUCAAAUUAGCUCCGCGUUGGCUGAAACAAUCGAAAGAUGAGCGAACGGAUCAAUACAGUUGAUCUUUAACUUAAAGUGCAAAGCAACACGAAAGUACUUAAAUUGUGAACACUUACUUGAAUCUUGGUACUUUAUUUAAUGUAACAGAGACUUACAACUGUAUCAGAUACGGGUCGUUAGAGCUAAACGUUAUGUUUUGUAGGAUGUUAAAUUCUACCUAAUGUAGGUAAAUUAUAUAAAUCGAAUAUUCCAAAAA